UUUAAGUAAAGCAAGAAGCAGAUAUUGAACAACCUAGUUCAGAUGCUUAUGCCCAAAGCAAUAUCAUAAGUGUGCCAAAGAAAGAGCGGUAUAAUAUAAGGUAGAAGGUAGAGAGGUAAAAGUACUCGAGGUGGAAACAGAGGUAGAGGUAGAGGUAGAGGUAGAGAUAGAGGUAUGAUCGGUGAAUGGAGUAGUGACUCCCUGGUACUGAUUAUAAGAGAAAGAAAGAAAGUGCGAGGUAGAAUGGAGAGAAAUUGUACAGAGAUAGUUUGAGCUGGAGUUGAUACCAAGCUCGUAUCGCUGGUGGGGCCUUUCCCGUUGACGUCUACUGCUGGUGCUGCUGGCCGUGACAUUGCGCCCGCGCAAUCCAUCUCGUCCACGAGUAGUGAAAACAUCGUAUUGACAGCACGACCACGGCUGUUUAUUUCCUCACUGGAGCAUCGUCUUCCUUAUUUAGAUGAUUUUUAUUCUAUUUUGUUAAUUAGUUAUUUUAGUUAUUUUACCUGUUAUAAAUAUGCUGUGAUAGUAGUUAAUUGUUGAUUUAUCGAUUACUUAAAUCGUUUUUGUUAUGAAUCUACUGUAAAAGAAUGGCAUUAACUUGCUGGGAAAAACUAGCACUUGUGGCUUUAGGUGCCAUUGGACUUAGGAUUUUACUGCGGUUAACAGUGUUUAUCUGGAAGAAAUUAAUUGCACCGGGUUUGGGCCGAGGAAUAGACGUAGCGACCCAAGGAAAAUGGGCAGUAGUAACGGGAGCUACCGACGGCUUAGGAAAAGCCUACGCCCAAGCUUUAGCGGCCAAAGGCCUGGACAUUGUUCUAGUUUCCAGGUCGUUGGUAAAAUUAGAAGCAGUCGCCAAAGAACUUCGCACUACGUACGGAGUCGAAACUCGGGUUCUUGAAGCCGAUUUAACGGAAGGUCCACCUGUUUAUGCCAAGAUCGCAAAACUUAUCGAAGGCCUCGAGGUCGGAGUGUUAGUGAACAACGCGGGAAUGAGCUACGACCAUCCAGAAAUAUUCACGAACAUCACCGAAGAAACGAUAACCAACAUUCUCCAGCUGAAUGUCGCGGCUACUACUGGAAUCGCGAGAGCCGUGCUUCCGGGAAUGAUGGAACGCCGUAAAGGUGUCAUUAUUAACAUCAGUUCAACAGCCGCAGCUAUUCCCAGUCCCUAUUUGGCGGUCUACGCUGCAAGUAAAGCGUUUGUUGAUAAAUUGAGCGCUGAUUUGGCUGUUGAAGCUGCACCGCGCAAUGUUACGGUUCAGUGUGUCCUUCCAGGUCCCGUUGCUACCAAAAUGUCCAAAAUUAAGAAAGCGUCAUGGAUGGCACCGACGCCUGAAAAAUUUGUGGACACAUGCCUAAAAACAGUGGGCAUAGAAUCACGGACAACAGGUUACCCGCCACACUGUUUGAUAAUCGGGAUAAUAAAUGGGUUACGUUGUAUCUGUGAGAGAGGUACUAUUUGGCUGGUAUCAAGGACGAUGUUAAAUAUUCGUGGUAAAGCGUUGAAGAAAAAGAAACUCGAUGAGAAGACUAGUGAACAAGUGAUCACUGAUUUACCAUCCAGACGAGAAAAUCCGUGUGUCGUAUUAAAUGCUGGCGAUUGAACAUUUAUCAGUGAAUACUGAAUAUUCAUAUAUAUAAGUGCCAAAGGUCGACGACGUGCUCGAUUAUUCAUUAGUUUACAUCUUAUACAUACAUCUUUAAUAUUCAUAAAAUCAUCGUAUACGUCAUCGAUU